AUGACGGGCCGCUAUCCCUCAUCGCUCUCUCGCAAACCUGUGCGGCAGCGUCCACCAGGAACCGUCUCGCCCGCAUCGAGCUCGAUCGACGAUGAAGUCCCAUCCGCACCGCUCCCAGAAUACGCCUCCUUGGAAAUCCUCCUUCGUCAAGCUGGGUACAAGGAGACGCGUGUCUUCACACCAGAAGCGGAGCGGGUGCGACCAAGACUCAAGACCCGUCUAGAUGACGACGAGUCGGCUGAACUCGCCAACAUGUACGCUGCCAUGGGACUCGACCCAAGCGCAUCUGUACAGGUCCGUCACCUCACACGACCUAGCGAGCCACUCCGUUCGAGCAGCAGCGUGUUACGCAACGUCGCAUUACAGGACGCAACGGCAAUGCUGAAUGAGGUGCGGAAACGCCGGUUAGCCGCAGGGCCCGGGCAAGGUAUCCCACAGGCGGCCGACUCGUUCUGGCGUCCAGAUAUCCUUGAUCGCGCUGCCGCAGAGGCGAUGGGGAAGCACAUUGCGGCGAUCAGCCCGCCGACUCGCAACUCGACCGAUGGCGUUGGGUUAGGCCUCGCGCAGCAUGGUCGCGGUGUCCGCAAGGCAAAGUCAAACAUGGAGCUUGUCCGCAAACACCCCAGGUCGCCAGAGAAGGAGGACAUCCCGCCCGAGUACUACUCUCUCCACCGCGAAAGGCAACCUCCAACGGCGCCUGCUCAUACGACGGCGUUCCAGCGCGAGGUACCUCCUUCCAUCGCCGCCAUGUUCUCCCCGCCCAGCUUCUCUCCACCUCAACGUGAGCAGCCGCACUUUGUCGACGACGCGUUCGACUGGGGCCGGCUGCCUGACGACUACGAGUCACAAGAGGCUGACGACUUAUACGCCCAGAUGUACCAGAGCGGCGACUCGGACUCUGACAGUGUCGUCUCGGGGACAAGUGUGCGGAGCAGCCCAUCCCUCGGUCCUGUUCGAGCGGUGGAAUCACCGCCGCUCGUGGACACGGACCAGCUCUUAGCCGAUCUUGACAUCGGCUCCGGCCCGACAGUCGAGACGGACGGUGAAUCGAUCGCUGAAUCGGAGGAGAUUUCGCAAGCAGAGGCCGAGGCUGCGGCUAUCGGACAGCGCAUCUUAGCGUCAACCGUCGAGUACGACGAUGACGACAGCGAGGACGAGUUUGAUCCUCACAGCUCCCCAACACCCAACCCCAAGCCCACCGCACUCGUCCCCGUCUUCAACGUCAUGUCGCCAUCCCCACCAAGUCGUAAACCAAUGAUGCCGGCCUCACCAUCCCCAGCUGCGCGUCUGAGGGUUGCGAAGCGUGCGCCAGCGGUUCGCGCAGCUCCUCCCAUCCGCACCCCGAGGAAGAUCAUCUUGCGGGAAGCCAGCCUUGCCGAGGCGAUGUCUGAGAGCAUAAUCUCGCCACCAAAGCUUGCGAAACCGGUCAUGUUACCCGCAUCCCCAUUGCGCGCCAGCAAGUCGGUCCCAGUGUUGCGCAAGCAAAAGUCCGCUGUCCCGUUCGCCAUCACCCCAGCCGUCACAGCUGCACCUUUGCUGCAGAGGGUCGCACCAGUCGUCUGCGACUCGAUCUCAAACGACGCCCAAGACCUCCCCCCUCUUCCUAUACCACCAAUGAACGACGCGGCGUCCACGUCGAGUAUCGGAUAUAUGGUGUUAAAGGCCCGCAAGUCGCUGGGCGCAAUUCGUGCCUCGUUCUGGGCUGGCCCAUCCGAAGCGCCUGUACCCUCGGCCUCGGCCUCGACUUCGACCACCCCGAUCCUGGCUCCCCGCUUCGACUGGAGCGCUCAAGGCGCCCAGUUCGCUGGUUGGAACUCGGACCAAGACGAGAAGCAGCACAAGUCCCGCGAGUCAGUCGAAUCAACUUCGUCAACGGGCACGAUGCACGAGAUUGACCCCUUCGACGACUCUUGCCCGAUAGACUACUCCAAGUCGUUCUUCUACAAGCCUACCACGCCACCACGCCCGUUCGGUACCGCGCCGUCUCGCCUGGGUAUGUUAAACAAGAGGGCAUCUGUCAAGUCGCUCCGCCGCGCCCUCCAGAUACCAGUGGCACAACCUCCAGUCCCUCGCAUCCCGAGCAAAUACUUAACGGUGUCGAACGGGACUCUCGGUGGGGCCCACACGCCUCCUAGGGUACAGCCGCCUGUGAUCCAGAUCCACUCGCCCGGUGCCAUCGAGGAGGGUCGGCCGCCCCGUGCCCUCUCCCUCACUGGCGAGGAAUGGGAGGGCCGUGACGUCGUACAGAACUGGGGCACAGGAGUCCGCAGGAGGCGGAGCAAGCGCUCGCGACCCCGCAACCCAUUUUCCGACGACUGGAACUGA